GCCAUGAAGGAGAUUGAUUGACAAUAGUCUACAGCGAAUCAGGACUCAAAAAACAUUGGGCGGUGCAGACAGACGAGCGAGGGAAGAGAUAGACACUCAACUUCCCAGAAUACAAUUCUUAUUAAAGAGCCAGGCUCGCCUGUAACAGCGUUCAUACGCUGUAAUUAAAAAAAAAACCCGCAAAAAAAAAAACAGCGAAUCUGUGAAAGGUGAACCACGAUAGACAACCGAGCCCUGAUGUAAGAGCGUGGAAGUACGAGAGUUGAAACGCUGGUAAAGAAGAGAGGAUAACUUAACACAGGAGGAGAGGGGGACUGAAAGGAGGCGAGGAGAUGGCUGAGGCACCACAACAGCAGCAUGAACAGCAGCAGCAGGAAGAAGAGGAGCAGCAGCAGAGUGAGGAGCAGCUGAGCUCCUCUGGGUCGACAGAGGCUGAUGAUGAGGUUGAAGACCUGAAAGAGGAUGUCCAGACGACGCCUACCCGGCCUCUGCUGUCCAUGAGGUCCUUGAGCAUCGUGGACCCGGAUGACGACUCGCCUAACAUGAUUGUCUACAGAAAAAUUGAAGACAUCAUCACUCACAUCCAGGAUGAGACGGAGGGUGUUCCCAUCAGAACGGUCAAAAGCUUCAUGACAAAAAUCCCCAGUGUUGUCACAGGUACAGACAUUGUACAGUGGAUGAUGAAGAACCUGUCCAUCGAAGACCCAGCUGAGGCCAUGCACAUUGGGAGUCUCAUUGCAGCUCAGGGAUACCUCUUCCCCAUCUCUGACCAUGUCCUCUCCCUGAAGGAUGACGGCACUUUCUACCGUUUUCAGGCUCCCUAUUUCUGGCCUUCUAAUUGUUGGGAGCCUGAGAACACGGACUAUGCCAUCUAUCUGUGCAAGCGGACCAUGCAGAAUAAAACGAGGCUGGAGCUGGCGGAUUACGAAGCGGAAAACCUCGCUAGGCUCCAGAGAGCCUUUGCCAGGAAGUGGGAGUUCAUCUACAUGCAGGCUGAGGCCCAGGUCAAGAUUGACAGGAAAAAAGAUAAAACCGAGAGGAAGAUACUUGACAGCCAGGAGAGAGCCUUCUGGGACGUCCACAGACCCGUGCCUGGAUGCGUCAACACCACAGAGAUGGACAUCAGGAAAUGCCGACGCAUGAAGAACCCUCACAGAGUUAAGAAGUCAGUGUAUGGCUUGGCAGAGGAGGGCACACAGUCACGCAGUCCCAUCCACACCCCUUCACACCACUCCAGGAAGGGCACCAAGGAGGACGUGGAGAAAGAGAUCUUAUUCCUGAAUGCCCAGCUCGAUCGCCACUGCAUGAAGAUGUCCAAAGUUGCUGAAAGUCUGAUAAGCUACACUGAGCAGUACAUGGAGUACGACCCGUUUGUGACGCCACAGGAGCCAUCCAACCCUUGGACCAGUGAUGACCCCUCCUUCUGGGACCUGGAGGCCAGCAAGGAGCCUGGUCAGCAGAGGGUGAAGAAGUGGGGAUUCUCGCUGGAGGAAGCCCUGAAGGACCCAGCAGGACGUGAUCUGUUCCUCAAGUUCCUGGAGUCAGAGUUUAGCUCUGAGAACUUGCGGUUCUGGUUGGCCGUGCAGGACCUGAAGAGGAUUCCGCAGCAGGAAGUAGCACAGAGGGCGCAGGAAAUCUGGGCCGAGUUUUUGGCCGAGGGAGCUCCCAGUUCUAUCAAUCUGGACUCUCACAGCUACGAGCGCACCAGCCAGAAUCUGAAAGAUCCUGGACGAUACAGCUACGAGGAUGCACAGGAUCACAUCUACAAGCUGAUGAAGAGCGACAGCUACACGCGUUUCCUGCGCUCCAACGUCUACCAGGACCUGCUGAUGGCGAGAAAGAAACUGGAAACAGAACAGGGCCGACGCACCUCACUGGAGAAGUUCACCCGCAGUGUGGGCAAAUCGCUGACUGGCAAACGUCUGACAGGCCUCAUGCAGUCGUCCUGACGAGGUCUGGACUCAGAGCUGGAUGGAUCGUCACCCGUAAGAGCUGGAAAAGGAUCUCGUGUGCGUGGGAGGGGUGUGAGUUCAGGAGGCGCAUGAGAGCACCCAACUGCCGGACUGGACCGCCACCGCCCCGCUUUAAACUUCUCCCCAGAUGAGUUCAAAGAAGGCUGACAGCAUGCAAUAAAUCACCCGAGCUGACACCAGGACAGCGCUGCCUGAGAGUGCGGGGUACCGGGGAGAAAAAAAAAAAAAAAAAAAAAAAGAAGAAGAAGAAGACGCGGUACUCUUGCAAGGUACCAAGCUCGGAUCAACUCAUGUUUAUACGGUAGCUAGCUGCUAAAGCUAUCCAUUUACUCUAAGUGAUGUAAACUAAAAGAAUGCCUUGGCUGGAAAAGAGAUGAAUGCUGUAGUUAGAUGUGUUAAGGACGUCUGCAUCCAUCACCAUGGCGAUGGGAGAGGGAUGCUGUGAUUGACAAGCAACUCUACACGGCCCACUCCGAACGAAUCAGGUGGAACAUAGCACAAAUGAUGAGGUGGGGUUACUGUGGGAUUAAGCCCUGUAUGUUGAUCGUUUUCACAAACAAAAUGGCUGUAAUACUUGAAAUGAUACAGUAUGUUCCAGUGUAUUGAAAUCUUCCAAACAUUCCACGACUUCAUGCAGCCUCAGCUUUGAUUAUAGUGGGCGGCUCUCCAAAUAUCCUCAUGUAAGAGGAGGAUGAUAAUAAAAGAGGAAUGCACAAGAAA